UUUAGCUGCUUGAUGUUUGAUUAUUGUAGGUUUGGAUGAGCAUGUAUAUUUUUAUUAAUGUUUUAUUUGUUAUUGCCUGUUCAGUAAAGUCCUAAAUGAAUGGUUGUAAAUAACUUGACGAGUUGUUAUUAACCGAGCAUAUGAACGCGCGCUCCUCUGAACUCCUCCGAGUGCUUAUGGAUUCAGGUGAAGGCAUAUUUAAAAAUGGUUCGGGACGGGGGUUUGGGUGAGACCCCCCUGCUUUUGUUCUAUUGAAAAGGGGGCUUGUUCCUCCAGGACCAACCCUACCAUUUUAACCAGGGGUGUCAGCGCGAGCGGGGUUGACAUUGGAGACUGACUGGCAAUGGGAGAAGAGGAGGGGAUAAGAGAGUCCAGCAGCACUGCUUCUUGAAGAAAGCUCAUCAGAUGCACUGUCCUGCCUCCUCUGACUGACAUUCACGCAGGAGUCAGACUGGAUCAAACGUCAAAGGAUCUAUUUCUGCUGCGCUCCUCACCUUCAUGGACAGCACGGGACUUGAGUCUGUAUGAUUAGGUGCAUCAGAAGCGCUUUCGCUAAAACUUGAAAAGUAAAUCGUUUACAUGCUGUGAGUUUUGCGUUAAGUGCACUUAUUUGUUAUUCUCGUUCUUAUGAAGGAAAUCCAGUUAGUGCUUAUACUUGUCACCGGUGUCAGUCUGAAAAAAAUCCUGGACAUUUUUUCCUGCCUCUGAGCAGCAGAUCUCGUAAUUUGCAAGUUGAUCUGUUUAUCAUAUGUUGCGAGUCACAGUUUGGAUACCCGCGCAGGACUUUAUACAUUUCAACGGGAAAACCUGAUUUUUGUUUUUUAAAUCUUUGCAAAUUAGGCUACACACAUUUCUUUUUUCUGUGAGGCCCUUCCAUUCUAGCAACAUGAGGCUCAUACCAUCACGAUUGAGUUAUCUAUUCCUUCACCUCUUUGCGCUUUGCUACUAUGCUCAGCAUGUGAGUGAGCAAAGUAAGGUGACGGACCGGGUCAGCCGUAGACUAAUCCGGACCUACCAGCUUUACAGUCGAACCAGUGGCAAGCACGUGCAAGUUCUGGCCAACAAGAAAAUCAACGCAAUGGCCGAGGAUGGUGACGUUCAUGCCAAACUCAUAGUGGAGACGGACACAUUUGGGAGUCGAGUUCGAAUUAAAGGAGCUGAAACGGGUCUCUACAUCUGUAUGAACAGAAGAGGGAAACUGAUUGGCAAGAGAAACGGUCAGGGGAAAGACUGCAUUUUCACAGAGAUAGUCCUGGAGAACAACUACACAGCUCUGCAGAAUGUGAAGUAUGAAGGCUGGUACAUGGCCUUCACACGCAAAGGCAGACCUCGCAAGGGCUCCAAAACCAGGCAACACCAGCGGGAAGUCCACUUCAUGAAGAGGCUGCCCAAGGGACACCAAAUCGCAGAGCACAGACCCUUUGAUUUCAUCAACUACCCUUUCAACAGACGGACUAAACGCACCCGCUACUCAGGAGAGCGUUGAAGAGUGAAGCCGGAGAAAAGGAGAGGACAGAGAGCGAGAGACUUUCUCAAACAAUGAACAGACUCCUCUUGUGGACUCCUACAAACAUUUUUUGUACUGAGCAACAAUAUACCUAACCUUUAGUUUUUUAUGAAUUUUCAGAAAUAACAAAAAAAGA